AUGGCUUCUCUCUUGAAAUGGGCUAAAAGAGCCAUUCGGAGAGCUCCAUCUCCUCCUAUGCGAUUUCCAACCAGCGGUUUCGAGAUUGUUAAUACCUCCAAGAUACUUGAUGAGGAGCGGUUUGAAGAAUUCAAGGCUGGUCAAUAUUAUCCAGUAAAUAUUGGGGAUAUCUUUGGUUCUAAGUACCAGGCUAUUGGCAAGCUGGGAUUUGGAGCUACCUCUACGGUUUGGCUCGCUCGUGAUCUUGAAGCACAUCGACAUGUAACUCUUAAAGUAUAUACGCGGGGAGAAGAUAACCGGGAAGAGUUUGAUAUUUAUAAACACAUAAACCAGGGAAAUCAGUCGCAUCCUGGCUACGCUCAUGUGCGAACAGCCUUGGACAUAUUCACAAUCCCUCGCGCUGGCGGCGACCAUUACUGUCUGAUCCAAAAGCCUAUGUGGGAGAGCUUUAGAGACCUUCUCUAUCGCAAUCCCACCCAUCGAUUCACGGAGGACCUCUUAAAGGCGGGUCUAAUGCAAGUUUUUCUUGCCCUCGACUAUCUACAUACAGAGUGCAAGCUUGUUCAUACUGAUAUUAAAGGUGACAAUAUACUCCAAGAGAUAGAAGAUAAAUCUAUCCUAGAAGAAUUCACCAAUGCUGAGAUGGAAAAUCCUUCUCCGCGGAAAUUUAUUGAUGGCGUACCUGUGUAUAUGUCGCGACGCUUUGGUCUACCAAAGACAUUUGGCAGAGCUGUAUUGGGUGACUUUGGUUCAGCUGUACGUGGAGAUGAGAAACGAAAUCACGACGCACAACCAAAUGUCUACAGAUCACCAGAGGUUAUGCUAAAGACUGACUGGAGCUAUCCUGUUGAUAUAUGGAACCUGCUUAGCUACCCUUUUUCAUCCUUGAUAAGUAUUAAUCAAGACUUAAACCGGGUUUGGGAUCUUUUUGAAGGAAAACACAUGUUCUAUGGGAAUGACCCUGAUGGAAAAGGGUACUCAACCCGCGCGCACCUCGCUGAAGUAAUUGCAAUUCUCGGUCCCCCACCAUUAGAUAUGUUGAAAUGCGGAAAGCGAAGCAGCGAAUUUUUUGACGAAGAUGACACUAAAUAUUUGGCGGAGCCCUCUAACGAUAUCUGUAUAUUAGGAAAGUGGAAAUCCAAUAUCGAAAUACGACAAGGCAGGAGUUUAGAGCAGUCAGAGGAAUUUCUGGGAGGGAAAAACAAAGAAAUGUUCUUAUCCUUCAUGAGAGGAAUGUUGCAAUGGCGACCGGAGGAUAGGAAGACAGCAAAGGAGCUGAUUGAAGACCCCUGGUUGAAUAGCUAG